AUGGAGGGUCACCGGCACGCAAUGGAAUCGAUCCAGACCACCGAGUUUGGUUCAAAACGGUUCCACGACAAGAUUGAGCAGCAACAGCAUCAGCAUCAGCAACAACAACAACAACAACAACAACACCAUCAUCAUCAUGAGACGCAGCAUGAUACCGACUCUUUCGCGUCAGGAUCCAAGUUCAUCCUGCCUUUGCGCGAGUCCAGGGCCGAGGUCGAUCCUAUCAGACCGGAGAAGCGCGAAAAGCGAGUGUUUCCUAAUCUGAGGCACAAGUUCUCGUUUCUUCACCAGUCGAAACCGACACAAUUACCAGUCGAUGUCCCACCAGUACCACAAGUAGCGCAAAUAUCAACAUCAGCUUCGGGUUUCCGCGAGUCGAUCGAGUCAAGGCGACAGAGAUUGCACCUCAAGUAUGUGCAGGAGCACGGUCAUGGGCUGAAGAUGGGCGCGCACACAUUCAACCCCAUUGAGAAGGAAAUCAUGGACAUGUACGACGACGAGACUCUUCUGCGGGUGCAUGAAGUGUUCCCGCUGGUCAUAUCCUCUUUCUGCCGCCGACUGCGACCACCUACCUAUGUCGGCCGUGUUGAACGAUCACUGCGUGGUUACGUGCGAGAGAAGCCAUCUGACGAUGUCCAUUCGGCAAUCCUUUGCAUUGGCGGACUACGCGAGGUCGAACGUCUCUGGGAGAUCAAAGGAUACAACAAGCGUCGAACAGCGGUCGAUACCUGGUUCUGCUCGUUGACCAAAGAUGCACUUUCGUCCGAGCACCCAGCAUCCCCUGAGCAACCCGUCAAGACACGGCGAGGCUUGUUCGGUCGUAAGAAGUCAACUAGUGGCGAAAGCCGCGAAGGUACCCGUGAGCACCAUCGUUCCUCGUUUAGCAGCCUGCACCGCACGCGGAGUGCCACAGGGUCGAUUGACAACGGGUGGACGUUUGACUCCAACUGGAUCUUCAACACUUCACUUUCCGCCGGCGUGCCAAUGGGCUCGCUCAGCCGCGAACAAGCCCAGACCAUACUGGACGACCUGCCUGUGUUGCAGAGCAUCUGGCUGCCCACAGCGGAGGCUAUCAUCCUCCAGCGCAAAGUUGUCAACAGGACACAAGAUAUUCGGCGCAACCAGCAAGUCAUGCUCGACCUCAUCCGUGAGGAGGGGCUCGAUAGCAUGGACGAGUGGUGCUACGGAAGCAAAUUGCACGACUCCGUGAAACCACCACCUACGACUGCCGGCGACGACGAGGCCGAUUGA